AACUCCUCAUUUCAGUGGUCGGUCAAAGUUCGCGAAAGGGCGUUCUGACGUGACCCGUAAUGGGAUGUCCUCAGAUCUUUGUUUAGCGGUAGCGAGAACUUAGAUCUAAUUUUAUUGAGAUUGAGUUAAUUAUUAAGAUAACGUUGUAAAAACUGUAAGAAUAUUGCAAAGAAUAGUUUUUCAGUCAUAAAGCGACGUGUCAGUUUCGUUUUGAAAACAAAGUGAGCGCAAGUCAUUUCGACUUUGGUGAAUCUUACCAACACAAGUAUGCUGAACGAGGAUCAUAGUUAUGUAUUCUAUAAAAAGGUAAAAAAAAAAUAUCAAAGAAGCUCACAUUGACGUGCAUACAAGGAUAAACUGAAUUUUGCUUUCAUUUUCAGUUGAUGGAAUGUUUGCAUGUUUCAGACCUCUUCAUUAACAUGGAUCACAGAGUCACAGACAAUGACGGAACUGCAGCAGUUGCUGAUGAUGGUAGUGUGGGUGACAGCACUGGGAGAGGUAGAGGUAGAGGAAGGGGUAGAGGGAGACGCGACACAAACGACGAAUCUAACAAAGGAGAGAGAGAAGGAUGGAGACGCUUUGGUAGGGGGCGAGCAAAAGUCAACCCCAGAGUAGGCACUUGGACAAGCGAUCAAGAAAACACGCAAGUGGACAGCCCCGGAGUAGGCAUGGGGCGAAGCAGACUAGAAAACAAAGAUAUGAACAGCCCCAGAAAUAGACAGCCAUAUACAACCGUAGACACUCCCUUAAUACGAGCAGCUGGUGCAUAUGUAGACGCAGACACGCAGUUUCAUGCGCGUUUUGUAGAUGAUGACAGCACCGCCACCAGUUUGGUUCCUCACACUGCUGGCAACAUGGCAGUCUCUCCACGUGAAGACGUUUUGCAUACUGGCGCAGAUAUGGAUAUCUUUCGGAGGCCCCCGAGAUCGAUUACUCUUGUCAAGGAAAUGCAGGUAUCUAAUGUUCUUCAAAUGCCAGCUGCCAAAAGAAAAUUCGGGAUUCCAGAAAUUGUCAGAGAGAAAAUGGCAAAUGCCAAGCAGACUUUUGUGCAGACGAAAGGUUACAACUAUGUUUCUUCGACAUUGUCUUCUGAGGGUGUUGUGACCAUCUGUGGGUCUCCGGGAUCAGGAAAGACAGUGAUGUCACUCAUGUUGAUGGAGAAGUACAGAUUGAAAGAGUAUGAUAUCAGAUUUAUUGAAAGUCUUUCAGAUUUUGAUUUUAAAGACAUAAGUCUGAAAAGGCAUACCUUGCUGAUAUUUGAUGAUCUUUUUGGCCAUUUCUCUCCAACAACAGCUGAGUUUGUCCUUUGUAGAAAGCUCUUUAAUGAUCUUGAAUCUCAUUUUAAAUAUCAGAGAAACAGAGAAAACUCCCCUAAAAGGGCGGGAAAAGACGAACAUUUAGAGAACAAACAGCACGAAAGGCUUUUGAAAAUUGUUUUCAAUAGUAGAACUAACAUCUUUAAUGAAGUUGAACCAAAAAUCAGGAAAUAUCAAAGCUCAUUGUUCAGGCCAAGUACAGUAGCUAGGUUAAUGUCUCUUACCAAACUUGACGCAGAAGAGAAAGAAAGGAUACUGAGAAAACAUUUAGAACUGUCCAGUCUAUUUCUUAAAGAUGAAGACAUCAGAGCAAUCUCAAAUUUAGAAUACAACCUCUUAGGUUUUCCACAUAUUUGUGAGCUCUACGGGAAAAAUCGUUGGACCAAAAUAUCAGCAAUACAGUUUUUUCAGCAACCAUUGGCAUAUCUUGUCCAGGUGCUUACAGAGAUUUGUGAAGAAACCAGCACAACAGCUGUGUUCCUUCUCAUGAUGCUGAAUGAUGGAAGUCUGAACCUUAUUGAUCUUGUGGACAGCCAAGCAAGUGGACAUGCCAUACUUCAGGAAAUGCUGAAAAAGGUUUGCACAACUCUUCCUCAUCUUACCUAUUCAGAUUCUCUGCCGGUGAAAGUGAACAUUGCUGCCCGAAGUCAAAUUGGAAUGCUUCUUUCUGGUGGGGACAUCACCAAGUUCGAUCAUCCGACUAUUAACGAUGCAGUUGCCUAUGUGGUGGGAUAUCACAACCCUGUGUUUGUGGUGAGACAUUGUAGCAUUCAGUUCAUAUUGGAAAGGGUGAAAGUUGACAUGCAUGGAUCCAGUUCUAAGCCUAGUGGUGGCACCAACUAUGACUUCAAUAUUUACCUUGACGUGUCUGGCAUGCGUGUACUUAUUGCGCGCCUUGUACAUGAACUGGUUUCUGUUAACCUUGCACCGCCACUCUCACAUCCAUCACUCCUCUUGGAAAACAUUGCUAAUCAACUGUUUCAACAACUUGACAAAGAUCUAGAAGAUGUCCUACAUGGCAAAGAUACUGAUCAUGGCUUAGGAUUUCUUUUUUGGACAACAUUCUCAGGUGUUAAUUCUGUUUGUAAACGAGCCCUCAAAUCUACAAAAUUCAGCACUCAAGAACUACUGGAGGGAUAUGUUGGAUGUUGCAUGAGUGGAACAAUAGAUUCAUUCAAAUUUUUGAUGCAGUAUCCUGACCCAUGUCUUGACGAAAUAAAAGGAAUUUGUGUUGGAGAUAUUGCUGACUAUCAGGCAGAAAGAAAGCAAUAUGACUGGAGUCUCUCAAAUACGUUUAGUCAAUUAGAACUUAAAAAAACACAUGAGAAAGAAACACCCCGCAUGCAUGGCAAUAGCCGAGAUAAAUGUAUCCAUAUUGCUGCAGCAAAUGGUCAUACUGAGAUCGUGAUGGAACUGAUAAAGCUUGGAACAGAGGUUGACAUACGUGGGGGAAACUCUAUGACUGCACUUAUGUAUGCAACUUACAGGGGUCAUAUAAAGCUGGUUCAAGUGCUGCUUGAAAAGGGAGCUGAUCCAUCAUUGCAAGACCAAGAAGGGGACAAUUGCCUCCAUCUAGCAGCAAGAGGAGGGUUCAAGGAUACCAUUGAAAUAUUCUGUUCACUAAAGAUGGACUUGAACAGUCAUGGUGAACAUGAAAGAACACCUUUAAUGUAUGCAUCCUACUAUGGACAAGCCGAUGCUGUUACUUUCCUGCUAGAGAGCGGAGCUACACCAGAACCAGAUCUGUCAACAUUUGCAAACAAGGACAACAGUUUACAUUUGGCAUGUGUUAAGAACGAGAUAGAUAUUGUAAAGAUUUUGUUGAAAAACGGGAGAAUGAACAUUGAGGCAGGAGGUGGACGAGGAAGAACUGCAAUCAUCUUUGCCUGUAGAAAUGGAAGUCUUGAAUCUGCAAUGGAGCUUGUCAGUCAAGGAGCUAAACGAGACGUUGCAGAUGAUAAUAAGCUAACUUGUCUCCAUGUAGCAGCUAUGCAGGGACACACUCGUGUUGUCGAAUGGUUGUUAAGUAUGGGGUUGGAGGUUGACCCAUUGUCUGAUUAUGAUAGAACACCCCUAAUGUUAGCUUUGAUCAAUGGCUUUAGAGACACAGCAGAUGUCUUACUAAAUCAUGGAGCAAAGAUAUCACUGAAGGACAAAGGUGAUUCUACGUGCAUUUAUUUUGCUGCGAGUGCAGGCAACAUUCCCCUGAUUGAGAAAUGCUUGGCGACUGGACAGGAUAUAAACUGUUUGACCAGAAAUAAAUGGACUCCUUUGAUUGCAGCAUGUAAACGAAACGUGGAAACUGUCAAGUUUCUUUUUGAGAAGGGGGCAAACAUAAAUUGCAGUGACAAUAUGGGCCGCACGUGUAUCCAUGCGUCCUGCCUAUCUGGACAUCUGGACAUAUUGGAAUACUUACUCCAACACAGCACAGAUCUGGAUAUUAAUAGAAAAGCAACAAAUGGCGCAACACCUCUAAGAAAUGCUUGUCUCAAAGGACACCUCCACAUUGUUGAGUAUCUUUUAAAACUGGAUGUUGAUACUUAUGAUAGAAAUGACUUGAAUCAAACAUACCUGCAUAUUGCCUGUAAAGGCGGCAACGAGAAUGUUGUCGAAAGACUUCUGGCCCUGGCGUGCUUUGGAGUAAAUGAUGAAGAUGAUAGUGGAAGAACACCUCUCUUUUAUGCUACUCAAGCUGAUUCUCCUAAAGUGAUUUAUCUUCUUGUUUCAUAUGGGGCUGAUAUCAACGCCCUAGAUAAUACAGGCUCGUCGUGUCUUCACGAUGCUGCAUUGAGCGGCAACAUACAUGCUGCAUCAAUGCUACUGGACCUUGGUCUAUCCCCAGACAGUAAGGACAAACUAGGAAAAACACCCCUUAUGGUAGCUGCCAGCAAUCACAAAUAUCUAACGCACAUUGUCAAUCUCUUGACGGAGCGAGGUGCUGAUGUGAAUGAGAAAACAGCAGAUGGAAGUUCUUGUUUACAUGUUGUUGCACAAUUAGGAGGACAUUGUUCCAUGGCAGGAUUUCUACUCCAGUCAGGAGUCGACAUCAAUCUGAGAGAUGAUCUUGGCCAGACUCCAGUCAUGAUAGCUUGCAAGAAUGGUCAUAAAGCACUGUUUGAUUGGAUGUUGAGCAAAGGAGCAGAUCUAAAUUUGAGAAGUGGGGACAUGUCAACAUGUCUCCACUUUGCAUGUAUAUCAAAAGAUGACAAUCUCAAAAUUGUAGGUGAACUCCUUAGUCGUGGAUUUGAUGCUCAUGCUCAGAAUAGCCACGGACAAUCACCUAUUGAGUAUGCGCAAAGUAAUGGCAAUCAAAGCAUACUGGAAAUGUUACAACCCACAUGCUGAGCAACCAACUUUAGCAAACUGUUCGUCUUCAGGCAAUAGUACGAUGUCAACAAGUUUCCUUUUUCAUAGUGUCUAUGGAUUUAUAUUUGGUUGGCUUUAAUUGCCAGACAUAAACAGACCAUGUCACUGAAAGGACCAAUAGAGAAACAACUGACAUCGUCAGAUACGGGCUGUAAGUUUUAGAUUAAACCAUGUUUGGGUCACCAAAUAAAUUAAGUUUCCGAAAGGAUCAGUUGAAAAUGUAUUGACCCUUAUCUGACAUUGUAGACAUUGAAGUUCAUAGCAGCCCUAUCCAUUAAUUGUAGUGUUGUCAUUAUGUCACAUUUUUUCAUUUCUGUUCUGAGUAGGCCACAGGCCUAUAGUACACUUAUAAUCAGUACAUUCAGAGUAGAGGAGUCCAUAACUUACAUGUUACUUUUCCUGUAUUUCAUUGCGUGAUAAAUUUACAUAUACAAAUUUUGUAAAAGUGAGCAAUUGACAAAUGAGUUCUUCUCUUAUAUAUCUAUGUUGUGGUCCAGUUUCAAUAAUGGGAUCAUGUGAACAGCAUCGAAAUUUGCUGAGGAAACAAAGAAAUGUCUCAACAUUUCAGCAAGAGAAAUACUGUUUUUGUAUAUAUAUUAUGUUAUACCAUUUCGUAAUAAAUGCAUUUGCUGAUUCAGAUAGCGAUUGAGACAUACAUACAUACAUACAUACAUACAUACAUACAUACAUACAUACAUACAUACAUACAUACAUACAUACAUACAUUUGAAGUCAAAAGUAAUGGAACUUAAACAAGACAACAUUAAAAUUUGCUAUUUAUUACUUACUGAUGGUCUCUUGUUAUCAGAUUCAACCAAUAAACUAUAAAUGAUUUACCGGUAAACUAUUUAUCACAAUAUUGCGCUAUUAAUAAUCUACAUAUCAACCAUAAUAAAUUCAAUGAAGUUAUCCUUGGUAAGCACAGUAAAAGCAUCGAGGUCUUUGAUUUAUCAGUUAUCUAAAAACAAUUUCCAAAAUCUAUUAUCAUAUACAUUUUAAAAUAAGUUCCCAUAUGUACAACAGUACCACAUUUUGCUCAAUUGUUUCGAUAUCAUUAUAUUACAUUUGUUCUAAAAUGACACUGUUAGAAUUUACCACCUUUGUAUCUGUAAUAUAUGUGUGUUUUGUAUUAACUAUGCAUAUAUUUUGUGAUUUGAAGAAUAUUGCCUCUGUAUAUUCAUGGAAUCGCCAUGAUAUUGCUGAACAAUUGCUAAAAGCGGCGUAAAACUUUAUUUUCUCUCUCACUUACUGCUCUUCAUAGAACAUCAAGAAAUAAUUAUCUUAUCUUUUCUUAUCCAGUUAUGCAGUGGUGUGUUUCUUUUCCAUCUGUUCAGAGUUCAUAAUUUACGUGCAUUAAAAGUAAUUUAUAUUUUGUAAAUAUAUUAAAUUCUUAAAUCUCACAAUCUGACUUCAACUGUCCAUUUUGAUAGAAUUGUAGUUAUGAUUGUGAUGUAGAUAGGUGCAACCCGUGAAGAUCCAUGGUAGAAUAGGUCUUCAUCAACCCAUGCUUGCCGUAACAGGCGACAGUGCUUGUCGUAAGAGGCGCGUAACAGGAUCGGGUGUCGGGGUCGCUGACUUAGUUAAUGCA